UGCACUACCGGUGCUCAAUGUUUUACGACUGACGCACAGAACUGAACACAUCCAUGCUCAACACAAGCAGCUAGUAGUGUCGGAGUUACAUUAGCACGUGUUUUAGGUUUACUUCAGUACACCAGAGCACUGACAGCGCUGACAUUCAUGGCAAAGAGACGGGCUGAGGACACGCUGCUGCACGACUCUCCCUCGAAGAGAUGCUGCCGCGCACUGUGCAGUGUUGACAUGCAGCUGGAGAGCACGCCACCAACCGGGGGUGUGAGCCUGAGCCCGCCGUCCCUGCUGGCUCUGUUGGGCAGCCGCUGCAGAAAGAGGCCUUACUACUUCGAAGACCCACAGCGGGAACAAGAAGAAGAAGCAGCAGCAGCUAUUUACCGCAAGGCCACGCACGUUGACAGUAGGAGGAGGCAUGCUGCAAAUGUUUUGACGGUGCAGACUUCUGGAAGUUUCCAGGACCGAGGCAGCUCCAGUUCACCCACGAGCCUCAAGAAACGACCCCGAGAGGACUGCGCGUUUCCAGACACUACUAAAGCUAAAGAUAAAGCCGCUGAUGGAGACACCAGCACCGAAGACUGCACUUUUAACUCCUUUCAGUACUGGAGGGUACCCUUACCUGAGCUUGACCUCUCACUGCUGGAAGAUGUCAAUCGCCAUUCCCAAAUAAAACCAAAGUCAAAAAUGAAAGACUGUUCUUCUGAUGCCAUGGAGACCUGAAUGUGAUGGGUGCAGUGAGUUUCUUUGACUCUGUGCUAACAUCAGCAUGAAAACAUGAUGAUGAUAAUGGGAUGCUCUUGAGCGGAUGAGGGGCACAUUAAGUUUGCUAGAAAUGCACCCAGGUGAGAGGCAGCAGCGUGAUGUUGAGACUGCUGCGUUAGUCCAGUAGGAUUGAUGCAGGCUGCCGUAAGUGAGCCUUGUGCUGGUGUAAGAUCAGUGACUUAGGUGAAGCAACAACAAGAUCUGUAACUACUGUAAAAAUGAUGGAAGUACACCUACCCUCAAAUUUUACAUGUUUUUUUUAUUGUAAUUUCUUUUUUUUUUUUUUUUUUUUUUUUUUUUAAAUAAUACUGAAAACUGUAGGUGUACAACAGUUAGUUGUGUUUUUGUAUUACACUUUUCAUACCCAACUCACGCUGAAAAUGAGUUGGGUAUGAAAAGUUGGGUCUGUACUUGACAGUUCAUAUUAUAACCACUCUAUAAUCUAUAAUAUGUCAGAGUUUGCUUGGUGUAACUCAUUCGAGUUGUUUUUAGAUUAUGUGACUGACUUUUAGAUGUGGGAAAUUUUGAAUACACCUCAUGUAUUAGCACUUUUAAUAGAUGUUACUGAUAAAUCUCAGCAAGCUGUCUUCAUUGGCAAUUAAAACAGUUUUCUAUACUCUA